GGGGUUCCAAAUAGAAAGUGGCGAACUUUGUAUGGAUUACCCUCGGUGAUAUCCCUCUGGAUAAUCUACAAUAAUCUGAAUCAUCCAUGAUUUCUGAAUAAUUUAUUACAAGUAGUGGGUUGAUACCAACAGGAAGUGGUACCAUUGUUUUCCUAACUUAUAUUUGGCAUCCUAUGGGAGCCUCAAACUACUUAUGAAUAUGAAUCGUCGCAUUGAAGAUCAGCAUCGUGUUAAUCCCAGUGAACCAUUUCAGCGUGGUGUAAUAGCACCUACUCAAAGAUUUAAUCCUGAUGUUCCUGAGAAUUUAUCACGUAAUAUACCAUAUAAUAUGCCAGGAUAUUCAGUUAGUCAAGGAGGUCAUCAUCCUCCCCCUGUACAUCAUCCAUUAACUGGUGUACCGGCCCCGUCGCAACCUCAUCCCCCACAACCUGCUGUACAACCUCCACAGAUGCCAUCACAACAGAUGCCACCGAUAAGUAUUCCAGAAGGCAGAAAUGCAUUUGAAAACACCAGUCAACAUGCUUUACAAAGAAUAUUUCCUAUGGAUGCUGAGUCCCAUAAUGCUCAGGUGCAGGGUCAGCAGCAACAGUUUCAAAGGUUAAAGGUUGAAGAUGCUCUUUCGUACUUAGAUCAAGUUAAACUACAGUUUGGUAAUCAUCCGCAAGUUUAUAACGACUUUCUCGACAUAAUGAAGGAGUUUAAAUCUCAAACUAUUGAUACUCCCGGGGUAAUAAAUCGUGUAUCUAACUUAUUUAAAGGCCAUCCUGAUCUAAUAGUAGGAUUUAAUACAUUUCUACCACCUGGUUAUAAGAUUGAAGUACAAUCAGAAAUGAUUAAUGUACAUCAACCAGGACAACAAGUUGUAUCUAUAUCACAGAGUAAUGUCCUCCAAUUAGCCUCUGCUACACCAAUGCUUCAUCAGCAGAAUAAUGCUAGUCAGAGUCAAAAUAACUCAUCUGCUGCUUCUCAUCAUUCAUAUCAUCAAUCACCUCGUCACAAUCCUGAACCUACACCCCCAUCUUCACAACAACAGCAACAGCAGCAGCAGCAGCAACAACAGCAGCAGCAACAACAGCAACAACAACAACAACAGCAACAACAGCAACAACAACAACACAAUAAUAAUAACAAUCAACAGCAACAAGCUGGUCAACCCGUUGAAUUUAAUCACGCAAUCAACUAUGUCAAUAAAAUCAAGAAUCGAUUUCAAGGUCAACCAGAAAUCUACAAACAGUUUUUAGAGAUUCUGCAUACGUAUCAAAAAGAACAGAGAAAUUUAAAGGAGGGUUUAGUUUCAUCAACGUAUAAACCUUUAACAGAAGCAGAGGUCUACUCUCAAGUAGCUAAAUUAUUUCAAAAUCAAGAAGAUUUAUUGGCAGAAUUCGGUCAGUUCUUACCCGAUGCCAAUGGUUCAUCAUCGUUUGUUAAUUCUUAUGCUAGUAUAUUUACUCAUGCUGUGGUAAGUCAUAAUGAUUCAUCAGCACUGGGUGUAAGGAAUGACCAUUCUUCAACAGUUAAAAAACCUGGUUUUAAUAACAAGAAUCAGUCAAAUAAAAGUAGUCAAUUAAAACGUCCCAUGCCUGGUUCACAGAUACCUGCUAAGAAACCUAAAACAAGUAGUUUAAAAGAUGUGUCAUUAGCAGAAGCUGGUAAAUAUGGUACGCUGAAUGAAUAUGCAUUUUUUGACAAAGUACGCAAAGCUUUAAAACACCAUGAAGUAUAUGAUAACUUUUUACGCUGUCUAGUUCUCUUUAAUCAGGAAGUUAUCUCACGAAAUGAACUAGUCCAACUAGUUCAAAAUUUUCUAGGAAAAUAUCCAGAGUUAUUAAAAUGGUUUAAAGAUUUUCUUGGUUGUAAAGAAUCUGGAGGUACAACAGAAGCCAUUCCACAACCAGCUACAGCUAAAGAAAGAAUCAGUGGUGAAUUAUUAAUGGAAAUAGAUUUUGCUACUUGUAAGAGAUAUGGAGCAAGUUACAGAGCUUUACCUAAAUCUUACCCACAACCAAAAUGUUCCGGUAGAACACAGCUUUGUCGUGAGGUAUUAAAUGAUACAUGGGUGUCGUUUCCAUCCUGGUCUGAAGAUUCUACAUUUGUAACAUCACGUAAAACACAAUACGAAGAACAUAUAUAUCGAUGUGAAGAUGAAAGAUUUGAGCUUGAUGUUGUGAUAGAAGCUAAUUUAUCUACUAUAAGGGCAUUAGAGGGUGUGAAUAAAAAAUUAAGUCGUAUGACUCCCGAAGAACAAGCCAAGUUCCGCUUAGAUAAUUCAUUAGGUGGAUCAUCUGAAGUCUUACACAGACGCGCAAUACAAAGAAUAUAUGGCGACAAAGCUCCAGAAAUUAUAGAUGGUAUGAAGAAAAAUCCAUGUGUAGCUGUUCCAUUAGUUCUGAGACGUUUAAAAGCUAAAGAAGAAGAAUGGCGAGAGUCUCAGAGAGGAUUUAAUAAAAUCUGGCGGGAACAGAAUGAGAAAUAUUACCUCAAAUCAUUAGAUCACAUGGGAAUCAAUUUUAAACAAAAUGACAUCAAAGCCAUCCGCUCAAAGGCAUUAUUAAAUGAAAUAGAGACUAUUUAUGAUGAGAAACAAGAACAGAUAUUAGAGGGUCAAAAUGAAAACUCCAGUCCUCACCUAUCAUUUGUAUAUAAAGAAAGAAGUAUGAUAGAUGAUGCAGCUAAUCUUAUAAUACAUCAUAUGAAACGACAAACAGGUAUACAUAAAGAAGAUAAAACAAAAAUUAAACAAUUAUUAAAUCAUUUUAUACCAGACAUGUUUUUCUCUCCACGUGGUGAAUUAAGUGAUGAUGAAGGCGAUAAAGAUGAAGAUAUGGAGACCGAUGAUUAUGAGAGAACUGAGAUAAAGAAACCAGAAACAAGUAGUAGAAAAGAAGAUAAAACUCCACCACCAUCAGUAGCAGACACAACAACAGUUGAUAAAAAACCUGAAAUAAAGAAAGAACCUGGUACUGAUGAUAAACAACAACAAUUACCACCAUUGGUUAAUGGUGUUAAUACUGAUGAAUCUGAUGAUGAUGAUGAAAAAUGUUCUCUGUUUUUCACCAAUAAUAACUGGUAUCUGUUUUUCCGUUUGCAUCAAUUAUUAUGUGAACGCCUGCAUAGAAUUUAUACGUUGACCCAGAAAAUAGUACAAGAAGAUUGUCGGAAGGAACGUAAAGAUUCUACUGCUAUAGCACUACGAUUAAAAACACCUUUUGAAGUAGAACCUGAAGACUAUUAUUCCUACUUUCUAGAAAUGAUUAAAAAUUUAUUAGAUGGUCACAUGGAAUCUAGUUCGUAUGAAGAUCAACUACGUGAAAUGUUUGGUAUACAGGCUUAUAUUGCCUUUACUAUGGAUAAACUCGUACAAAAUCUUGUUAGACAGCUACAACAUAUAGUAACUGAUGAAACCUGUCAGAAAGUCAUGGAUUUAUUUAUUGAAGAACAGAAAAAUGGUGCCACAGGUGGUCGCUUAGCAACACAACAUCAGAGAACUUUAGUAGAAUCAUCAUUUCAACGCAGAGCAGAACAACUUCUUUCAGAAGAAAAUUGUUAUAAAAUAGUUAUUUUUAAGAAAGAGUGUAAAUUAACUCUAGAAUUAUUAGAUACAGAACAUGAUCAAGGUGAUGAUCCGGUAGAAGUAGAAAAAUGGUCCGAGUAUGUUGAACAAUAUGUAGCACAGGAUGAUACAAUAUCAGAAGAGCUUAAAGAUCAACUUACCAAAAAACCUGUCUUUUUACCCAGAAUUGUUCGACAGUCAAGGCAGCAUAACAAGAAUAAAACGCGUGGUGAAGAGGAAGAAAAAGAGAAAGAUAAAGACAGUGAUACUAAAGAAGAAGCAACUGGACCCCUUAAACCUAAAACUGAAGAUAUGGAUAUUAUGGACAGUACAGGGUGUAAAUUUAAUGUGAAUUCUUUUAAAAUGGUGUAUGUAGUGAACAGUGAAAGCUAUCUGUAUAAACGAAUGGCACUAAAAAAAGCCAAAGAGUCCCAUAAACGAGUGUCGUUAAAGUUACAUGAAAAAUUCAUGACAAAAGUGAAUAAAUGGAGAAAGGAAAAUGUGACUGCCGAACUAGAAGCAGCUUGUUCUCAGUGGCUGCUGGGUAAAGGUGAAGGACUUCAUGCGUGUAAAACAACGUGUAAUAAAAUUUACUUUCCGGACAAAUCUCCCUACUACCAAUAUAACAAAUAUUCUGUGGAAUAUUUUGAAGCAAACAACGCCUCGAAACCUGACAUAGAAAAAUAAGUGUUAAACUGCAUGUAUAUGAAAUAUUUUCACAAACUGUCUCUUUUCUUUUUGCUACAAUAUUCAUUAUUUAUCAAGACAAUAACUCGACAUCAGUACAUGGAAGUAUCCUCUGAAUUUGUUAUUCAUGUAACUUGUAUUAUGGCCAUCAUGUUGAAGAUAACCAGUCUUUAACUCGCAAAUAUUGCAUUUGUUCCGUGAAAAUAUCAAGUGAUUUUUCUGUUAAGAAUGUGAAAUACAAAAGUUAUUAUAUCACAACAGAAAACAAUUUAAAGGCUGGAAAAUUAUAAAGUGCUAAUUGUGUACAUAUAUUAUGUAUAGAUUUUACUUUUUCAAGCCAUUAUUACAUUGUAUAUGACUUACUUAUGGGCACUGUACAUAUUCAAUUGUUUUUGUUUUUCUUUCCACCAAUAUUUUCCAUAGCGUCAUUUGUAUUGUAUUAGUGUAUAAAUAGCCAUUUCGUACCAUUUAUUCAUUGUAGUAGGUUAAGGUUGUAUAAUAGAUAAGUAUCAUGUAAGUAGAAUCAUACAGAUAUUCUGUAUAUUGUCAUUAUGUAAAGAACCACUCAAUAAAAUUAUUUUGAAAUUAUGAAA